CUCUUAAAACGAGAAACAUUCGCUAAGAUUACGAAAAUUUCGCAGUGACCGCGUCAUAGUAGUUUUUUGUAGUUUUUAAGUCCGUGAUAUUGCGAGAAUAUCAGAACAUUUAUUCUAAUUAAGUAACAUUAAAUAGUUUGCAUAAAUUCUACUUUGUUAAUAUUGUGCUUUUGUUGUGAGUGUCAAAUAAAUAAAUGCACUUUCCUAGUGUCAUUUUAAUGAUCACAGCUUUGCUGUGUGCCGCCAAUGUGCAGGCCUACCGCUACUUGGCGAUUAUGCCUACUGGCGCCAGAUCGCAUCACAUCGUCGGCUCAGCGCUGAUGAAGGAGCUGGCGCGUAGAGGUCACCAGGUGACUGUCAUUUCACCAUUUCCACUAAAGAAGCCGAUGGAGAAUUAYGUCGACAUUGAAAUACCCACUAUUAAGGCAGUCAUGGAAAACACCGCAUCUGCUCUUCUGAAAACUACUGAGAAAACUGUAGUGGAAAAUGUGCGAGGUUUCUAUGAAAUGGGCCUUAAUAUGACCCGCAUAUUCCUAGAAGARARCAAUSUUAAAGCRCUMCUUGCUAGUAAUCARACCUUCGAUGCKRUUAUAUGUGAAAUUUUUCUCUCUGAAGCGCUCUAUGGACUAAGUGAACAUUACAAUGUGCCACUAAUAGGUCUAGGMACCUUUGGCGCCCAUGCCUGGAACACAGAUAUGGUCGGCUCACCCAGCCCACCUUCGUAUGUGGCAAACUCUCUGCUGCCGUUCAAUGAACGCAUGACGCUGUGGCAACGUGUGGGUAACUUUGCAUUUGGCAUUUUCGAACGUCUGUUGCUCGAUCUAUAUUAUUUGCCRAAACAAGCAGCUAUAUAYAAGGAAUACUUUCCCAACAACAAACGUGAUAUGUACGAAGUGCGUCGCAAUGCUGCCUUGGUGCUACUCAAUCAGCACGUCUCGCUGAGCUUCUCACGUCCCUAUGUUCAUAAUCAGAUCGAAGUUGGUGGCAUGCACAUCAAUCGAAAACGCUCACCACUACCAGCCGAUUUGGAACGAUUCAUCAAUGAAUCCAAACAUGGAGUGAUCUAUUUCUCGAUGGGCUCCAAUGUGCGUAGCAAAUUUUUGCCGGUCGAGAAGCGUAARGCAAUACUUGAAACAUUCCGUGGCUUGAAACAGCGUGUGCUUUGGAAGUUCGAAGAUCCAAAACUCGAAGGUAAACCGGAUAAUGUUUAUAUUAGCGAAUGGUUUCCACAGGACGACAUUUUGGCACACCCCAAUGUGAAAUUCUUCAUUACGCAUGGCGGUUUACUCAGUACCACUGAAUCCAUUUAUCAUGGCAAGCCUUUUAUUGGCAUACCGAUCUUUGGCGAUCAGUUCCUCAAUAUGAAUCGUGCUGAAACKGGYGGCUAUGGUAUAGGUGUGGAUUACAAUGGUUUCACGAAAGAGAAAUUCCAGUCGGCCAUUGAACGUAUGUUGAAUGAUGAGAGCUAUACGAAACGUGUAGCGGAUAUAUCAGCACAAUAUCGCGAUCAACCGAUGAAUCCAUUGGACUUGGCGGUCUAUUGGGUAGAAUAUGUGGUGAGGCAUAAGGGUGCAAGGCAUUUACAUUGCGCGGGACAAGAUUUGAACUUCAUACAAUAUCAUAGUAUUGAUAGCAUGUUGAUCAUAUUUGGCGGUCUUACUUUAGUGCUGCUGCUGAUCUUGCUGCUGAUCUUGCUGCUGAUACGUUCUGUAUGGGGUUGGUUACAAUUUGCGCUUGCGCGAAAGGAUAUCAAGAAAAAGACGCACUAAAAUGUGAGAAUUAAUUAAAAAUGUUUCAAAGAUUGUAAUAGUGAAAAAGUGUAUUAUUUCAUGCUUAUUUUAUUUAAAUUUUCUGUUCAUUACUCUUAGGCUAUCUUUAGUGAUAAUAACUUAACGUAAUGUAUCAAAGCAAAAUAAUGAUGAUUUUUACUUUGUUCCAACUGGUUGUAAUAUUUAAAUUUGACGUGGUCUGGUUGUUUUCACUUGUUUGUCAGAUAGCUGAAAUUCAGUCAAAGUGAUGAUGACGACUCCGCUUGACACUGGCUUUUUAUUUACGGAUUUAGGUUUACGUUAAAAUAAGACGAGGUGCGCUUAUUUCGUCAUUUGUGUAGUUCAUCGUCAUGUCACGCAAUGUUUUGGUUGUCAUAAAAUCUCGUGCUACGUUGUUGGCUUUUGCAAGCUCUAGCAUUUUUUCGCCUGUCAACUCGGAUAUAUUAAUUAUCUCAAUACUAAUUUUUAUUUAGCAAAACACAAGUGUUUGUUAACGAGCUUUAAUUCAUUUUAUAGGCAAAUAUGUUAUCAAUAAGAGAGUGUGCUUUGUGUCAUGCUAAUAUAUAUAAUAAUACUACUUAAUUAUGAAGUAAGUUAGCUGUAACACAUGCAAUCAUGUGGAGAGGUUGUAAACGAGCAGAGGAGAGCAUAAGUGUGCUUUGAAUAUCGGUCAAAUAUUAUUUAAAUAAAUAAAAGCACAUAUGCAUAGUCA